AAAAAAAAAAAAAGGAAAAAGAAUAGUAGUAGGAGUACUAUAUUAUUUGUUCCAGAAAAAGAUAGCUUUUUUGACUUUAAGCAAUAUCUUCAUUCCUCAACUGUUUCCAAAGUUCUGCCAACUACCUCGUCAUGUCCUUCAUACUUACCCAGCUGCUUCAUCGUCGUCGUCAUCAUCAUAUUUGUGAUGAUUUCAUGAUCAAACAGUAAGUUUUAGAUUCCUGAUAAUCAUAUUACAUUCUGUACGAACUUGGGCAUUUUUCUACUCCAUUUUCCCUCGUAAUUAAGCUCGAUUAUUGUGGUGUACGAUCAUGAUUUCUUUAAUUUCUUAUCUUCUCGCAUUCAGUUCUGGUUACGCAUAAACAUUGCGGGUUUUAUGUCUGCCAUCGGUCUUGUGGGAUUUCAAGAUAGUUAUCAUUUGUUACCCGGUCUUCCCCAUUUUCACUAUGAAAUCUGGGUGCACGUUUGUUUUGAUUCGCUUUAUGAAACUUUAUCUGGGUUUUGAAUUGGGUACGGAUUUUUCAUUGCAAUGAAUUAGGUGGUAAAUGCUGACUAGGGCUUCAAUUGGGUGUUAUUUGAUUCUUCUUCUUGAUCUGAUCGUAAUUGAUUGUGCAUUAGGUUUCGGUUGAUUGAAGUGGAAUUGGAUAUGUACAAUGCGAAAGCUAUCGAAGGGAUAGAGCUGUCAACUAGAAAGUGGUCUGCACUUUUUCUGCUAGACAGGAUUUUAUGCUUUUCAUUCCAUCGUAAUCCUUGUUAGCACAACUGCCUAUUUAUAAGUUUCAUAACCUUUUUUUUCGUCUUAUGAUUAAGAUUGCCAUCUCACAAUUCAACUUUAUCUCUUCAAAUUUAAGAUUUUGAUUCAGCUUCUUCUAUAUGCUUCCUUUAAUGUUUGGAAGGCUGACAAUUUAUUCAAAACCAAGACAGAAUGAUUUCCCCUUAAACUUACAGCUUCCGAGAUAAUCUACUUUGAUGAUCUUGAUUAGCUACUCUUCUUAGUUUGUUGCAUCUAAUCUGGAGUUACUAGCCAGUGCCGAUAUUGUUGGAGUCAUCUAGAAUUUGCUUUCUCUUAAGUUCAAAUUUCAAUCUAAAUUUUUGUUUGAUGCAAAGAUUUAAGUGAAUGUAUAUGAGAACUAGAGAUACUUGUGAUUGCUUACUUUUUGCAGUAAAAUAACUUCAGACAUGAUAUCAGUAAUAAAAAAAUCACUGUAAAUCCUUUAUAAUGACUGAGGCGACAAUGUGAUUGCAGAAGGUUUUCAGCAUAUCCAAUAUGAGUGUUGCUGACUGGGUGCUGCAAUAUGGCAUAGCUGGCAGUUUUAGAACCAUAACUAGCACCGUUUCAAUAUGUUCUGGUUUCAGUUCCUCAAAACCGGAACCGGAACCACGGGUUCUGGAAUCAUGGCCAUGUGUAGUGCCACAUGGAAUCAUGGCCAAUCACUACGAAAGUUUACUUUGGUUUUUAUCAUAACUACAAUGGAAAAUGAAGAAGUUGAUGCGGCUAAGAUCUUCUGAAUCCGUUACUUUCUUCUUUUUUUUUUUUUUCCCCUCUCUUGUCUCAAAAGUAUAAUAGUUAUAGAACUGCCAAAUAUCUGUUAGCCGCUAAAUGAUCCCAAAAUAGAUGCCACGAAAGCUUAUUCAGCCAGAGAACAGAAAUUAAUUGCUGACUGGUUGGUGGUUUACUAGAUAAAAUCUGAUUACCAUACAGAAUUCAAAACAACAAAUUGAACGAGGAAAUGAGUUACCUCAAUUUUCUUUAGUGAGUCAUAUUGAUUGGCAUUUAAGUGGCAAGGAAAUCUAUGUUUGGUGACUAAAACCUUGAUAAAAUCUUAAAAUCUUUCUGUUUCUUCUUCUGGAUCAUGAAUGUCUGACCCUAAAACAUUGACUGUUUGGAUUUCCAUAGAUCUUUUCACAAGAUCGAUUUGUCUCCAGAUCUUGUCCAGUCAAAUAAAAAGUUUCUGAUUCAUAGGUAAUACAACUGCAUUCUUAUGUGUUGCUUUUAUUUCAUUCGGGAAAAACCUUUUAAUUUGAUCCACUUUUUCUCUCCUGUGUUUGUAGGUUGAUAUCUGGGAUUUGGAAGAAGAGAUGAAUAAAACUGAGAUUGACAAGUUUUACCAACCUGCUUUUUGCCGGCAUUUAUACAUGAGAAAGAAUUUGGCUUUAGUGAAAAUUCAUCCUAUAUUUCUGAAGACGCAUAUUAAGGAAGAGGUUCCUGUUUUUUCAACUUUAAAGGGUCCUUCGGGUGGCUCUUGGCCUGUUAAAGUGCACCAAACAGAAAAGGGCAUAUAUCUUGUGGAAGGAUGGGAACAAUUCCUACAGGACCAUUCUUUAGUGCAUGGGGAAUUUUUAAUCUUUAGCUAUUGUGGAAAUUGGUGUUUCGAUGUUGAAAUCUUCGGGCGUGAUGGAUUGCAGAUGAAAAUACCCGAUGGUGAAGAGGAAGAUAAAGCUGUACCGUCUGAUUCCAAAGGAAAGACAGUUAUGCAUGAUGCCAAGCCAGGCUGUCAUGGAAAAGGAUUCAGUUGGCUUUCAAAGAGGAAAAAGGCACUGAUUUCACCAUGGUACAAUUAGAGAACCGCUGGCACUUUUUGAAAAGGAAGCAUGAGCUGUUUUCAGGGAUCAUUGCUCAGGUAAGAGAUGUUCAAUAUGAUCCAGUAGCCAAUAAGAUUAGCUGGAAUGAGAAGCAGUGGGAAGAAUAUGUGCAGAUAAAUCCGGAUGCUAGCAUAUUUCGUGAUAACCCAUUGGAGCUUCUAGCAAAAAUGAAGAUUUUGUUUGAGAGCCCAAAUCAAUAAACUCUGAAGAAAAGAGUCCAUGAGAAGAACAUUUGCAACCUGUGUCAUGCUGUUUGUUCGCUGUCAGAUAGAGAAUCUGUGAGGUUGAGGAUUAAAGUUCAGUACAGUGCAAUAAGUAGCAAGUAACUCUGGAGCUUAUGCAGUUUUUCUUUUCCCCAAGAAAUAUCUAGAUUCUGUUACCUUAUUUAAUGAUCCUAGCUUUUUGGAAACAUUGCUUUUCUAUGAUGUUCAUAAUACUGUGAACUCUCACUUCUCUGUGGGAAGACUUGAGAUAACCUGAAGUCUUACUUUCUUUUACUACUUUUCUGUGUUUCUUUGAUGCCAGUUUUCUUUGAAGUGAUACAUGAUGUGGCACAUGAUUUUGUUACAGUAGAUCCGCUGCCAUUAGGGAAGGCAUCUAUUUUCCGAUUUCCAUUCUUCUGUGCGUCUGUGCUUCCUUUCAAUAAUGCAGGAUAAUGAGUG